AUGUCAUUUACACAGUUUGGCUACUCAUGCCCAGCAACAUCCCAGCUCUUAAUGUCCUCUAAUGCUCUGAGCACCUGCUAUGAGUCCAGUUGUGGUCUGUUGGACUCUGGAGUGGUGACUUCUCUUCAAAACUCCCUUAAUUGUCCAGUUUAUGAUAGUAGACUUGUGGCCUCUGGCCAGUGUGACAUGACCUCUAUCUAUGGCAACACCUGUUCAAAGAUCCACGGUUAUGAGACAUGCAGAACUUAUGGGCCUGAUUCAACUGCACUCUAUCCUCUGAGCAAAGAUGGGUCAGCGAUGGGACAUUCAAGAGUUACCCAAAGCUCUGCUAACUACGAACAUCCAAUUGGACAGUACCAAUAUAACAGAUAUGGAUAUGGAUCAGUAGAUGUGGGUACAAGGAGAAAAAACGCUACUAGAGAAACCACAAGCACACUAAAGGCAUGGCUGCAGGAACAUAAAAAGAACCCGUACCCCACCAAGGGUGAGAAGAUCAUGCUGGCCAUCAUCACUAAGAUGACCCUUACACAGGUGUCCACCUGGUUCGCCAACGCGCGCCGGAGACUCAAGAAGGAGAAUAAGAUGACAUGGUCUCCGCGCAACAAGACCUCAGAAGAGAAAGAGUUCGAUGACGACCAGGAAAAUAUUGACGAGUCACAGGGGGAGCCAAUAAAAACCGAACGGGUGCUCAAUGACAACCAUGGAAUGGAUGAUACAGAUCAACAUCAUAGCGAUCUGGAAGAUUUCGAUCUUGUGGAAUCAGACGGCUCGGAGUGCGAAUUGAAACCAUCGUUUGUCAUGAACGUUCACUCCAAGGCCCCACAAUGUCCAAAUAACAGCUUUACAGAGCCUUUCCAUGAAACCAUUGCUGAACUUUCAAGUGGUGUCCAUGAAUUCAGCGAAGACCGCCUGAGACCAACUACUGAAAACAACCAAAUGGCAAAGUUGUACCUUCAGCGAGACCAAAACACCCUUGAGACCAAACCAAAAAUCUGGUCGCUGGCACAGACUGUUACUUCCUUAAACCAAGCUGAUUACUCAUCAUGUAUGCACAAAGAUCACGGGACGUCUUGCUCUACAAACACAGACUCAGACAUAACAAAGAGGCAAAAAGAGUCUCCAGUUGCCACUCUGAGAAACUGGGUUGACGGCGUCUUUCACGAUCCUUUAUUUCGGCACACCCACUUAAACCAAACUUGUAGCAACUCCACAGAGUUAUGGACUGACGCCAUUUCCUCACUGAAUAACUACCAUGAACACUCAGGGCCUAUUACUUCCUCUCAGAACAGUUAA